GAUCGUUAUUUUCAUCGUAGAGAACCCUCGUAACAGCUACGAUCCAUCGUUAUCGGGAAACGCACCCCAGGUCAGUGAGGCCUACAUGCCACCAAUGCCAAAUAGAAGUUCAAAAUGUGUAAUAUUCGCAAGAACUUAAGUUGAUUAAAAAUAUAGGCUAACAAGUGAUAAUAUCUAGUUUAUGUAGGCUGUUCAUUCUGACUUUAUUAUCAUCAAUAUUAUGAUUAUUACGGUUAUUUUGGACCGCAGACACAUAAUUGAUUGACAUGAAACGUACUCAACAGGCGGGUUCAAGCUUACUCUCUACCAAGCAAGUAUUUUAUCCAUUCAUUUCAUUUAGAGGGGGGCUCUUAUCCAAAGCGUUGUGCAGGGUGGUAGUUGAACUGGGGAACUAAUGUCAAAUGCUCUACCACUGAGCUUUACCCGUUUGCGUUGAAUGGUUUAGCUGAUGGACACAAUGUAGACUACAGCUGGCCUAUUAGGCUUCCCUUGUGGUUCCCCAACUCUGAAAUUAACAUAAGCAAGUGGGUAGGUCUACGUGUGUCUGAUGUCUGAGUGUAAAGACUCACGUGAUAGUUUUUGAUAUUCAGACAUCGUUUAGACAGUGUCAUUCGUCCAAAUAGUCCUUGCAGUGUCGCUGGAGGCGUGUCGGGCCUGUCCAGCACACUUUAGACACGCCCAUAGGAUUUCGGAUCAAUGUGAAUGCUUGUCCUCACGAGGGCAGCACAGCAUUACAGAGAUACCAUAGCUGAAGCUGAACACUCAACAACAUAUUAGCAAGAGUUGAGAUCAAAGUGGCUGUAUGUAUGAAGAGAUUCUUUAUACAAAUCGUCGCCAGACUUUGUUUUAUUCUCACGUAAGAAAAAUAACCACAACUCUGAAUCAAAUAGGCUAAUGUUUUUGUUUUACAAGCCUUGCCUUCUAGCAUAAAUGGCGGAAUAGCCUGCACAUAGGCCAUAGGCUAUCACGGUUUUUUCGCGAACACGUCUUAAAAGCACAUUGCCUUUUUCAUAGCCUAAGCAUAAGUUAGAGUGAAAAUAGCAGGUGUGCCCACCAGCAAGUGUCUACCUUUGUCUAAUUGAUUCUAUUAUAAACAUGUGUUGGUCCCAUUUAUUUGUAUUAUUUAUUUUAAUAACUGUGUUUGUCAGUAGGCAGUAGGCUUAUAGGCUAAUUCACAACAUCAAUGCCAUACUUGAUGCAAAAACGCUCUAUGUUGGCACAUGUUACUCUGCAACGGGGUUUGAGAAAUCUCGUUGAGUAGAUCCUGAGAUAAGAGUUUAACAACCAGAGUAAAUAUUUGGCGGUGAAGAGCUCUUGGGAGUGUGAGAGCCCUUUUUCGCUGUUGAAGCAUGUGGAUGUUUAAUAGAUUAAGGGGCUGUGAGGUCAUUGUGGCCGCGCAUUCCCAGUCUGUGAACAUGACUUCUCUUUGCCCAGAGAGUUUGUGCUCUCUAAUCAAGAGCUCUCUGUAAACCUACCCACUCCAACGACCAUAGACCGCCAUACUGUAGCCUAAUCCGUUUGUGUUUGUCAACCAGUAGUCUUGUGGGCUAAAGGUAUACAAAAAUGCAACAGUUGACACUUCACUGCAAGAACAGACACGCAAAUAUUGUUUAGUCCGAUUUGCGAAGAACCAUUAAUUGUGCUUGACUUCUUCUCAUGUAUUUUCAAGUGUUUGAUGUUGUGCAGGCCUGCGUGUGCAGUUUAAAUUCCAGGGAUGUAACUAGGCCUAUGUCGGCCCAAACAUGCGUUAAUCCUAAAUGUUUAUAAUCCAGGUCAAUAUAAUUUAUUGUAUAUAGCCUAAUGGUAAAUCGUGGUGAGUCGUUACAUUUGAUUCCCAGAUUUAAAAAAAUAAAACGAGUUCGUUUCAAGUCAUAUAGGCCUAUUGCAGUUCUUGGUGGCAGUAGACGAAGGCCUACACCAGUAUAUAGCGGCCCAUUCCGCUCCAUUCAAAACCAUGACAACAAGCAACAAGCUCGGAUUUAUCCUCAAAAGUUAAAGGACAUUGUGUCGGGGCGUCAAUCAAGCAUUAUUGCGGGGCUGAACAAAUGCAAAAUCUUGACUGGAACAAAUGCUUCCAACGGGUCUCCGACGCGGGGCUACAUUUCCCUCUUUUGUUCUCUCCUCUGGUUGGCAUGUAUUUGUGUUCCCUCCCGUUCGACCACCCAGGACGACUGGGAGCCGUGUCCACUGCUCUUCUCGCGGGGACUGGCGCGUUGUCACCAUGCGCUCAGAGAGCAAACCGUCCUUGGCUAUAGGAACUGCACCAACCUGCCUCUUCCACCUAACUGAAGUGUUGGAUGAGAGCCACUGUCAGACUCUCUUAAUUCUUAAAACACACCUCUAGAGGAGAUUCAUGCCUAAUGCCUGUAUUUGUUUGACAAACACUCUCUCGUUCUACGUGACGUUCGGAAAACGCAAAGAGGCUGUAGCUGCUCUGUUUUAUAAGGUAAUGGAGCAGACGUGCGCAUCUCCAAAAUAACUCGAGCAAAGUAUUAUGAUUUUUUAAAACAGAACAGUCUCUAAAAUGUCUAAAUUCACAUUGAACUUUAUUAGGCUCAACUUUUAAGUUUAAGUUUUCUUAAACUUCCUAAAAAUAAAACAAAAUGCCCUAUACGCAUACUUUUCGUUGUUUUCUUGAAAAUACAAUAAUCAAUGGUUUCAGGGUUUUUAAAAUACCUGUUUUGUGGUUGCACAUCAAUAAUAUCAUUAGUUAAACCAACUCCGGGCAUCACACUAAUUGCUCACUUUGUGUGCCAAUAUUGGACAUGUUAUUUUGGCGGGUGCAGUGAUGGGUUGGGCUCUGUUGUCACUUGCCACCCAAGACGUGAUUCAGCUGCAACAAUUACCAUUAUCUGUUCCCGAGUUUUCACGAUACGGGACGAAUUUGUAAUGAUGACGAGUGUUUCCUUCAGCCUUUGUUGAAGAGUCGGGGUAUUCUUCUGCGUGUUCACACCUACCGCCAUUGGAUAGCCGCACUCCAGUCAUUCAGGUACUUAGCAUCCUCACAGAGAGGGGGGCACUUUAUAAGCGGCUUGUGUUAGCAGCGUGAAGUGCUGUUUAUAUAAACACUGAGCCCCAUGUGCACAGUGGCAUUCUAGGUUGUGUUUGACAGCGUGCGCCUCGCUAUUUCUUGAGUGGAGACUCUGCUGUUGUCCCACGGCAUCCUCUCGUGGUUUAUUUGGAUAGUUUUGCGUAAAAGGAUUCGAUUUCCUCCAGACGUCAUGGCUGCCUCUACGAAGUUCAGUUUUUCCGUCAGGAGCAUCCUGGAUUUGCCAGAGCAUGAAGGCCAUAUCAUCCCGCAGCCAUCCCCGGCCCAUUCCUGUUCCAGCUCGCCGUACUCCUCGUGGAUGGACAGCGACCCGAGUCCUUGUCCAUCAUCCGACGAAAGCAGCCUGGAGAGCAAGGCGGAUGUGUCCUCCAUGGAAAAUGAGGCAGAGAAAAAGAAGAAGCGCCGAGUUCUCUUCUCCAAGGCCCAGUCCUUUGAGCUGGAGAGACGCUUCCGCCAACAGCGCUAUCUAUCCGCACCGGAGCGCGAGCAGCUGGCUCACCUCCUUAGCCUGACGCCCACGCAGGUGAAGAUCUGGUUCCAGAACCAUAGGUACAAGAUGAAGAGAUCACGAGCUGAAGAAACUCAGGACAUAAAUCAACCACCGAUGCUGCGCAGGGUUGUAGUGCCCAUCUUGGUGCGCGAUGGGAAACCGUAUCCGACCUGCAUCAUUGACGCAGAUAAAAGAAGUUGUUUAGCACCCUGCACCUCUCAAGCACCCUUCAGUUUGGCCUAUCCGUCUUUUCAGCAUCCGUCGCCUUUUGCUUUCCCUUCCCGAUAUCAGCACUUUUCCCACCCGACAGCAUCCAGACACACCUUUGCAUGGCGCGACUUUCUUAACGACUCUGUUCACUUCAGCUCUUUCAAAUGACAAUUGCCAGUAGCCUACAAGUUUACCACCGGGGCAUCUUGUUGAUUCACCAAAAUCGACAUUCCAAGUUUUAUUAAUCCCCAUAAAAACAGUAUGAGCUACUUAAACUCACAUUGUAUGAAAAUUAUUUUGCACAUAUUUUAUUUUUGUAUUUUAUCAAAUGUUGGUUACGAAUGAUAUACAGAUUACUUUUGACUAAUGUGUGUGAUUUUGGUAUGGGCGUAUAAGAUAUGAAGAGCACUGACAGCAGGGCCUAUACAACACAAAAAUGUGUUUGACUACAUAGAUUAUUGUAUGCUUUCUAGUCUAUAUUUUUCCUAAUUGGUUUUAAUAUUUCGUGUUGUGUAUAAAAGCACGCAAUAUAAUUGUCCACGUUUACAAGAGCUGAUCAUUGUUGUAUCAGAAAUUAGAACUGUUAAUCUUAAUUUGUAAAGUUGUAGGCCUAUGUUUUUUUAAUCUAAUGGGCAUAUAUUCCAAUUCUCAAUGUGUUGUUCUUAAUG